AUGUUCCCUAGCCCUAACGCCAAGCUGAUUUCGUCGGAUUUCGCCUCGCCGCUGGUGGGGGAAGCUGUCACUGAGGUAUUGGAGCGGCUUGCUGUGAAGGGCUCGAUCACAAUUCCAGCAGUUGCUCUUCACUCCGAAAACAGUAGGAUUGUAUGGAUUGAGAUAUUGUGGUGGCAGUGGCUUGCUGGGAAGGGCUCGAUCACAAUUCCAGCAGAUGGUUUUCCUCCGGGAAUCAAUAGCUCUGCGGCGGCGGAACACCUCCAAGUAAUUGGCUGUAUGAGACGUGGUCGAGCGGUUGCCGGUUCUCGUCGUGGUCCGGGACGACCACGGAAACAACCCAUUGAGACUGAGGAACCAGAACCAGUAACUCAGGAGGCAGAUUCUUCUAGGGAUCCAACAGAUGUAGAGACGGUUAGACGGGGACAGACCCAUCAGACUCCUAGAGAUCAGGGACAUCAGCCUCAGGAGAUCCCUUCAGUCAUACCUUCUGGUAGAAACCAGGAAUUUCAGCCUCAGGGGAUUCCCUCCGGGAUACCAUCAGCAUUUCCUACUCCUACUACUACCGACUGGAUGAGGGAUAGAGCGCGUAUACCAUUGUUGGCAAAGUCCGUCAAGGACAGGGUUACUCUAUACCAGGGCGGAGCAGAUCCCUGGGCUGCACGUAGCUGGUUGAAGAAUUUGGAAAGCACUUUCGGAUACAUGAGUUGUUCAGAUGAAGAUAAAGUGGAAUUGGCUGCGUAUCAUCUCCGGGAUCAGGCAGUCACAUGGUGGGAGAUGCAGAAGACAAUCUUUGGGGAACAGCGCAUCACAUGGGCGAUGUUCCGGGAUGCUUUUGAGCGGCAGUAUUUUCCAGCCACAUUCUGUUUAGCUCGACGCCAGGAAUUCCUGAAUCUCAAGCAGGGUGAUCGAUCGGUGAUGGAGUACAACGCUGAAUUCUGCAGAUUGGCUGAGUUUUGCCCUCAUUUGGUGGCGCAGGAUUAUGACCGGAUGCAGCAGUUCACCCAGGGUUUAGCAGCAUAUAUUCGGCUCAGGAUGUCAGGAUUUCCAGGUAGCUCCUACCGAGAAGUUUUGGAUCGUGCACUGUUUAUCGAGAUGACUCAGCAGCAGGUAAAUCAGGAGAAAGGCCAUGAUAAGCAGUCGUCACAAAAGAGAGGGAACAAAGGUCAGAGUUCACAGGCUACCACGGGAGGUUCUUCUCGGCCGCAGAAGUCAGGGCGGACGUCUGAUGGAACAUCUCGGCCUCCUCAGCAUGAUUGGAAGAAAGAUAGAGCUGGAUCCAGAUGUUACCAGUGUGGCUCCAAGAGCCAUACCAAAUUUCAUUGCCCCUUGGAUCACCCCAUUUGUUAUUAUUGCAAACAACCAGGGCAUGAGAGUCGGGAUUGUACGUUGAAGGCACAGUUGGAGGCUACUAAGGGUACAUCUCAGGGGGGACAACCCUCACAGACACGACCACAGAAAGGAUCACAGAAGAGUCAGGGUGCUCCACGUCAGCAGCGACCACCGUCUUCUCAGGGACAGAUAUAUCAUGUGCAGGGUCAGGAACCAGCAACUACACAGUAUUCUGCCACAGUGUCUUCUCAUCAGGCAUUUCCAGCACAGCAGGAUUUUCAUCCGCAUCAGCCUUACUCAGCAUAUCGGCAGCAGCCUCAGUCUCAGUAUCAGCAGUCGGUUCUCGCACCUACGAUGCCAGCACAGACCACUUCGGAGAUACCACAGCCGAGCUCAGAGGUGGGUCGUGUUUAUGCUGUUACACGGGAGGAGGCACAGCGAGCUGAGGGAUCGAUUUUUCGAGGUAUUAUUUCAGUUUAUACAUUUACUGCAGAUUUAUUGAUAGAUACUGGUAGUUCCCAUUCAUUCAUAUCUCGAGUAUUUCUGGGUAAAAUCGGGAGAUUGCCUAGUCGGCGGACACACGGGCUGACAGUAUCUCUACCAUCUGGCGAGGUACUAAGUAUUAGUCUGGAAGUCAAAGGUUGUCCUUUAGACUUCAAUGGUCAGACUAUUACGGUGGAUCUGCAGUCAUAUCAGCAAUGCAAAGCGAGGAGAUUGUUGGCACAGGGUUGUCAGGGAUAUUUGUUGUCCAUGGUUAAAGCUGGUUCAGAUGUAUUACCACAGCUCUCGGAUGUUGCUAUCGUCCGAGAAUUUCCAGAUGUGUUCCCUGACGAACUCCCCGGUUUGCCUCCUAAAAGGCAAGUCGAGUUUACGAUUGAGUUGGUUCCGGGAACCGCACCGGUAUCCAGGACCCCUUAUCGCAUGGCACCAAAGGAGUUAGAGGAGCUGAAGGUUCAGUUACAGGAGCUGUUGGACAGAGGAUUUAUCCGUCCUAGUGUUUCUCCGUGGGGAGCACCAGUACUCUUCGUUAAGAAGAAAGACGGAUCACUGAGACUUUGUAUUGAUUACCGACAGUUGAAUGCGGUUACUAUCAAGAACAAAUAUCCACUGCCACGUAUAGAAGAUUUAUUUGAUCAGCUGAAGGAUACCUGUGUAUAUUCAAAGAUUGAUUUGCGCUCAGGCUAUCAUCAGCUCAGGGUUGGAGAUGCGGAUAUUCCGAAGACAGCAUUUCGCACUCGUUAUGGUCAUUACGAGUUCUUGGUAAUGCCAUUUGGGCUUACCAAUGCCCCAGCAGUGUUUAUGGAUCUGAUGAACAGAGUGUUCCUUGAGUACUUAGAUCAGUUCGUCAUUGUGUUCAUCGACGAUAUUCUGAUAUAUUCCCGAUCUGAGGAGGAGCACAUGCGACAUCUUCGCAUAGUUUUGGAGACGCUUCGGCGAGAACACCUCUAUGCGAAGUUUAGUAAAUGCGCCUUUUGGCUACCUUCGGUGGGUUUUCUUGGACAUGUUGUCUCCAGCAGAGGUAUAUCUGUUGAUCCACAGAAGAUUGAGGCCAUCACUGGUUGGGAGCAGCCGAAGACCCAUAGCCUUACCAUUGACACGAUUGACCCGGAAGGGAGAGAAGUUCAGCUGGACAGAAUCUUGUGA